AAUAGGUUAAAGAUUAAUGAUACUCACCGAUAUUGAAUGCCAUUAGUGUUUUUUUCCCCCUCAGCUGUUAACAGGAGCUGAAGCGUGUCUGUUCCAGCUGUUUAGAACUAUUGUUUCUGAAUUUAUGAAAUACCUGCAGCAUCUGACAACAGCAGGAUCCAUGUGUGGCUCGCUAAAGAGAGACAGUUGCACACAGAACAACAGCUUGAGUCAGGAUUCGACAGCAGGUUACGCUGUAUAGGCCUACACAUAUUUACAUCAAACACAUUACACACACAUAAUGACAGUGUACAGCUGUUUAGGACUAUUUCUUUGUGUUUUAUUACUUACUCACAGCAUCAGACAGUGUUAGGAUUCAUGAGGGGUGUCUGUGUGAGGCUAUGAGGAACGCUAACAGAAAAGUGACGUAUGUCUGAAUGACUAGAAGGACAUUAUAAUGGAUUUAUGAUGCCAGCAAUGUUUCAUACCACAUGUCUGAAAGGGGCUUCAGUGUACUGUCUGAUCUCACAUGAAUGACAACUAUCGCAUGAUUAUUGUGGCCCUCUCCAUCACUGUCAUAAGUAUGUCUGAGUGAAGUUGUGAGGGACACUAAUGUGAAAGUGACUUAUCUCUGAAUGACAGAAGGCUGUUAUUUUAACAGAUUGUUAAAGCCAGCAAAGUUACUGAUCCCAUGUGUAUAAAGAGCGUAAUGUGAAACAAACCAAACAUUUAUUGAAUUAUAAAGUUGCACAUAUUUUCCUUUAAAACAUGUUAAACACAGCGGUCUAUCCUUCUUUUAAUGGUGUGAAAAGCAUUUUGUCCAGAAGGUGGAGCUGUAGAUCAAGUCACUACUGUAAAUGUAGCAGCAGCAUAUUCUGCUGAUUACAACAAAAUAUGACACAUUUUGCUCAACAAAUUUGCUGCAGUGGACAUGAUUAUUAUUACAGUGACAUGUACUGUCAACUGGUUGUUCAAGGAUCGUCCUUUUUAAUCACUGACAAAGCUUUAGGUGUUUCAGUGAGAUGAACAUUUCCUUCUCUUGAUAAAUUGUUUUGCCAUCAUUAUUCACAACCACAUUUGGAAAAUGUAAUGAAAGUGAUCUUUCAUGCAUAGUUUGUGAAGUGUGUGGGUGUAUGUUUAUUGUUAGAAUUAUUAUUUUGCAUUCUAUUUUGUUCAAUGCUUUUUUAAAUUUAUUUAUUUAUUUUAUUAUGUUUUUAUAUGAUCGAAAAGAGAACUACACAUUUCAGGCAAAAUCAACAGUUGUAACAAGGGGGAAAAACCCCAUUUGUUGCAGAUAUAUCACUUGUUGACCCCUUCGUCCAUCAAAAUAAACCAAUCAGAGAGCGCCAUCAGUUCCAAAUAUGGUAGAGAAUACUCUGAGGCCCGCCCCUCUUUGUUAGCUCGACCAAUGGGAAAGCCGCGGAGCGUCGGUGACUGCCGGGGAAACGAGCAGCGGAGAGAUACAGGAGAACAGUAGGUCCUCGCCAGUAGGACCGUGUUAUCCCUAAUGAUUUAAUCAUGUGACGGAUUAAAGAGGCCUUUCUAUCAUUAUGAAGUGGGAUUUUCUGAAGAGGUAGCUGAUACCGAGGUGCCCUGCAGGCUGCUGACAGGGGGGAAUGCACAGAAGAGGUUGCUCCUUAAGAUCAUCAUGUACUGUACAAUGCUGACUGACCAGAACAAGCUCUGGUAGCCCGAGGAGGAUUGCCUACCCUAACUGUUCCUCCUCCUCCUCCUCCUGGCCCUCCUGGGAUCAAUGACCGGACCCAACUCCCCAAGCCGGACCGGCACCUCUCCGGCCAAGCUGAGCAGACAUGGAAGGUCCAAGAGCACCAGCUCGCACUGCCUCCUCCGCUGCAGCACCCAGGAGGAGUCUUCUGCGUCUCCUCCUAACAACAGCUCCCGAUCCCCUGGCGAGGAAGAGGAAAAGGACGGAGGGGUUCUUUUUUAUGUUAACCGGACCGGUUUUCCCAUCGAAAGUGUCACUUGGGAGAGGAUGUGGUCCCAUGUGUCCGUUGUGCACCCUGAGGGCCAGGAGAUGGUGGACAGGAUACGAAAUGCUGCAUACCUUCCCAAGCACCCUGUUCCCUCUAUUCCGACCUUCAAACCGUCCAUGUCGGUCCCAGACUGGCUCGUUGCCAUCCAGAACUAUAUGAAGGCUCUGCAAUACAACCACACAGGAACCCAGUUCUUUGAAAUCAAGAAGAGUCGUCCUCUGUGUGGGCUAAUGGAGACAGCAAGAGAGAUGAUCAGGGAGUCUUUGCCAAUCAAAUGCCUCGAAGCCGUCAUCUUGGGAAUCUACCUGACCAACGGGCUGACGUCUCUCGAGCGUUUCCCCAUCAGCUUUAAGACCCAGUUUUCGGGUCACUGCUUCCACCAUGUUGUGCUGGGCGUCUACUGCAACGGCCGCUAUGGAUCGCUGGGUAUGAGCCGCCGCCAGGACCUGAUGGACAAACCACUGACCCACCGCACACUGGGAGAACUGGUGGCUGAGUUUGAGAGCUCCUACAAGAGAUACCAGCACACUCUCAAAAAGGUGAAGAUUGGCCUGUACGUGCCUCAUGACCCCCACGUCUUCCAGCCAAUCGAGUGGAAGCAUUUGGUGCUGAACGCUGCCCGACUGGGAGCUCAAGAGAUGAGGAAGGAGCUGGAGAAGCAUGGCCGGGACAUGAGGAUGAAGAUCCUUAAAUCAUCCAGUGCCCAGUCACCAAUCAAGGAGCGGAGCCGGGGGAAAUCCUUAUCACCACGGCGACGACAGACCAGUCCCCAGCGACGCUUCACACACCGCAGAGACAAAUCGUAA